UCCACCAGUUCCCCAAGCAAAGCGAAAACCUAGGGUUUGGGUUAGGGAGGCGGCGGCGGCGGCGGCUUUAUUCCCGAUCCCGAUCGCCAUGCCCAUCGAAGCCGCGUCAAGCUCGGGUGAGGAGGAGACCGACGUCUUCCCCGAUUGGGCGACGGAGGAGGAGGAGACCGACGCAUUCCCCGAUUGCGAGAUGGCGGAGGAGGAGGAGGAGGAGGAGGAGGAGACCGACGUCUUCACCGAUUGGGCGAUGGAGGAGGCCGCCGUCUUCCCCGACUGGGCGAUGCUGGAUCGCAUGGGCCGCACCCGCUGCCACAAGGACCUAGACGCUGCUCGUCUGGUUGUCAGCAAGAACAAGACCGCCGCUCGACUCCGCAUUGACCGCGGCCUUUCCUUGUACGUGUCCUUCACCCUCGCGGCUCCGGGUGGGGUCUCCUACCUCAACCUCCACUGGCCGUCGGUGGGAGAAGGAUCCGACGCCGCCUGUUCCUUCGUCCGGGCAACCGACAAAGACCUCGUCCUCUUCGACAUCGACGUCCCGACCCGGGUUCCCUACUUCGGCGCCCCGCCAGAUCUGUUCGUCUACACGGCCGCCGGUCCUUCCCCCUCGGUGCAGCAGCUCCCUCUGUACCCCAAGGAGAGGAUGAUAAGUCGGCGGUUCCUGAUGGGUAAAUUCACCACAGGCAUCUUGCGGCUCUCGGACAAGCGCUACAUCGUUGCCGACCUCAGUGUCCAGGAUGGUGGUGCACUCUGCGUCUUCAACUCCUCCCAGACUAAAGAGUGGAAAACCAUCCCCAUUACACCCGGCCAGAUACGUUGGCACCCACCGCAGCAGAACCAGAGCAGUGGCCAGCUCCCCAACCUCUGGUCAACUGACAAUGUGCUCGCUUUCAACGACCGUUUCCUGUGCUGGGUUGACUACUUCAGCGGUGUCCUGCUAUCUGACUUCUCUUCCACUCUAGGUUCCCCCAUGGCGCUCCACUUCGUACCUUUCCCUGGAGAGGAAUACCCUGAAGAGGUACGGGGCGCAAGUCAGUUCCCUGGGAGGUUCCGAAGUGUGUCCAUCACCCAAGGCAAGAUGUGCUUUGUCCACAUUGACAAUGACUUCCAUGAGGAGACAAGCGAAGAUGACUGCCCAUGUCUUCAGGUUCCUGGGAGACGAAGAAGCCAACCACAGCAGCAUCUGGGUCCCAAAAAGAUCACCAUUUGGACUUUUGAACUCUUACAACUUAUUAGAGUUCAAGUGGGAGCAGCAUGGUGUGAUCAACCUUGACCUCCUCCAGGCGCAACCUAAUUACAAAGCACCUAAGCGUCUUCCUGAGUUCCCAGUCUUCCAUGACCCGGAUGUUCUAUGCUGCCUGUUAAGGGAAGAGGAAUUUUAUGGCAAAGGGUGGAUGAUCAUGGUUGACAUGAAGCAAGCGAAUCUGCGGUCAUGUACUCAAUAUGUCAACCGACAGUCCUACUGUGCCAAGUGUGUGGAUACGGGCUGUGCUGAGUGUGAGGAGGACAGAGACGAGUUUUCUAAUGUGCUCCUACUUCCAACUGUCUUCUCCAAACAAUUUGAAAAGCCAACAGGGAUGGAAUUGGACAACGACAAGGUUGGGGCUCUUCUUCCAAAGAAGCAUAAGCUGUCUGCAAGGUUUCCUUCAAAGAACCGUAAGAUUAAGUGUGCCGUGUAAAAGACCUGGAAUCUGGUGACAUGGUGUUGAGCAUAGUAUGGAAGAUGAUGUUGGUGUUAAUGCUUUGAUGGUGCACUACAGGCAGACCUGGAAUCUGGUGACAUGGUGUUGAGCAUAGUAUGGAAGAUGAUGUUGGUGUUAAUGCUUUGAUGGUGCACUACAGGCAGAACCAAGCCAACAGGGAAAAAUUUGCAUUGAUGUGAUGAAGAUGAUGUACUGAUGAAUACCUUUAUCUACCUAUUUAUUUAUUAGAGUAAACGAUGCAUGUUUCUGGAUUAUCUAAUCUAAUCAUGAUGUAGUGAUUGAAUAUCCCUAAAA